UAAAUUCAACAGGUUUACUGGUUAUUUACUGAGUUAAACUGCGAAAUUGCGACAAAAAAAAACUGAUGUUUCCUGAGGCUUAAUUUUCGUUGAAAAUUAAGCGUCUCGCGACUUGGGAAAAUGAUUCAACCGGUGUUAUAGUAAACAUACGUGAUCAUGGACGUAAUUUUUAGCAUUUCUAGUGACUAUGGCUAUGUCAUCAUUGUUAUUUGUUCCACAUGGGUACUUCUUAACUGGCUUGAGGGUAGAGUCUUUCAAGCACAUCGUAAAUAUGAAGUGCCGUACCCCAAGAUGUACAUAGAGCCAUAUAACCAUGUCUUCAACUGCAUACAGAGGGCCCAUCUAAACACACUGGAAGGGUACCCUACAUUCCUGGUGUUCAUAGUGUUUGGUGGUCUUAUUUAUCCUCGUCUGAACGCCAUAGCUGGAGUAAUUUGGGUGGCAGCUAGAGUUGCAUACGCCAUGGGAUACUACACUGGGGACCCAGAGAAGCGCAUGUGGGGAGCCUUUGGCUACAUUGGCCUUCUCAUCAUGCUCGUCAGCAACAUCAUCCUGGGCUUGAAGCUGCUUGGAGUGGUUGCCAUGUGAACAACUGGCUGUAGUGUCAUGUGUCUGAUUGUGCUACAAGGGACAAGUGCACUGAUUUCACACUGGGUGGUUCAGUGUUUGAUUGAAUGAAUAGUAAUGUAAUCUAGACCUGUAUACUCAGUGCUCAAGAUAAAAUGCAUGUACUCAUAAAUACUAUAGACUCUUAAGAUCACAGUAUCACAUGCAAAGGAAUGUUUUUCCAUCAUAUUGAUUUGUUUCUUUUUCUAGAGAACUUUUUUGUUUACAUAUAUUAAAGAUAUAAAUUGCAAUAUUUAUCAUUCAAGUACAAAGUAGCUGUUUUAAUGCAAUAUCAAAACGUCUAGAUUUUUUGCUUUUGUGACCGGUCUUUGUCCUUCGUCUGUCUGUCUGUCCGUCCGUCCACAUCAUGAAACUUGGUCAGAAGCUUUGUCCCAAUGAAAUCUCGGUCGAGUUCUGGUCAGUUGAAUAACAUGGCUGCCAGGGGGGGGGGGGGGGGGGGGGGGCAGUUUUCCUAAUUUGGCUAUAGAGAAAUCUUGUGAACACUCUAGAAGUCACAAUUUUUGCCCAAUCAUCAUGAAAGUUGGUCAAAAGAUUGGUUUUAUUGAUAUCUUGAACGAAAUGGUCCAGAUCGGUGAAAAAACAUGGCUGCCAGUGGGCGGGGCAUUUUUCUCUAUAUGUAUAUAGUGAAAACAUGUGAACACUCUAGAAGUCACAUUUUUGGUCCAAUUUUCAUGAAAUUUGGUCAGAACAUUUAUUUCCUUGAUAUGAGAGUUGAGUUCGAAAAUGGUUCCGGUAAGUUGAAUAACAUGGCUGCCAGGGGAGGACAGUUUUCCUUAUUUGGCUAUAGAGAAACCUUGUAAACACUCUAGAAGUCACAAUUUUUGCCCAAUCAUCAUGAAAGUUGGUCAAAACAUUGGUUUUAUUGAUAUCUUUAUUCUUUGACGAGUUCGAAAAUGGUCAAGAUCGGUGAAAAAACAUGGCCGCCAGUGGGCGGGGCAUUUUUCUCUAUAUGUUAUAUAGUGAAAACAUGUGAACGCUCUAGAAGUCACAUUUUUGGCCCAAUUUUCAUGAAAUUUGGUCAGAACAUUUGUUUCCUUGAUAUGAGAGUUGAGUUUGAAAAUGGUUCCGGUGAGUUGAAUAACAUGGCUGCCAGGGGUGGGGGUGGGGCAGUUUUCUUAUAUUUUUAUAGUAAAAAAAGCUUGUGAACACUCUAGAAGUCACAUUUUUUGCCCAAUCAUCAUGAAACUUGAUGAAAAGAUUGGUUUUAUAUAUAUCACAUAAUAAAUGCCAUAAUUAUUUUUAGAUUGUCCAAAUUUUCAUUAUAUUAUACAAAAUCCUUGUAAACACUCUAGAGGUCACAAUUUUGUUUCAGAUUUUAUGAAUCUUGGUCAUAAUAUUAAUUUUUGAAAGCAAAGUUUGAUGUUUGGUAAGGGGGGUCUACUCAAAAUAUAGGUCUGUCACAAGGUCAAAUCUUACAAAAUGAAAAUCACUCCAUAUGCCAGAGUUUUGGUUCAAUAAUGAUGAAACUUGACCAGGAUGUUUGUCUGGACAAUAUCUAGGUCAAGUUUGACGUUUGGUAAAGAUUGAAUGAACCGACUCCUCUCAGGUGAGCGAACUAGGGCCAUCUUGGCCCUCUUAUUUCAACAUUUGAUAUUGUCCAUUAUAAAUGUGGUCAUAUUAAGAUCAUUCUCAUUUAAAUUAAAGGUAUAUUAAAACUAUAAUAAGGUGUGGGCAAUCUAGUUGGAUCGCUCUAAAGGAAGGAAGUUGUGUAUCACAUAUUUUUUUUGGUGCGGUGACCAGACAACUCGUCCCACUGCCAACUCGCCCCAGGCCAACUCGCCCCAAAAAUAAGACUAGUCACCCCAAAUUUGUUGGACAACUCGCCUCAACCUUAAGACAACUUGCCCCAAUUUAUUUUUGUACAGUUUGCGAGGCAUGUAUGUAUUUUAAUAAAUUUGUAUUUCAUCAGUAUUUUGAAUACAUUUGAAUAUAAUUAAUACAGGUUGCCUGAAAUGUUGUGUGGGUUAUUUUUUACUAUUAUUAUAUACAAUUAUUUUGUAAAUGAAAUAUUUGUUAAGUUAGCUAUGCUAGUUCUUUGUUUAUUUAUAUUUAAUGAAAUUAUCAAUACAUGAAUUCGAACAUUA